AUGGGAGUAGCCAACAACAUCACAGCCAUCCUAAACUUCAUAGCUUUUCUCUGCUCAAUCCCUAUAAUAGCCUCUGGCAUUUGGCUAGCCUCCAAACCAGAUAACGAAUGCAUUCACCUUUUCCGGUGGCCUGUAGUUAUUCUUGGAUUCCUUAUCCUCUUGGUCUCACUUGCUGGUUUUGUGGGUGCCUACUGGUAUAAGGAAACACUUUUAGCAUUCUAUCUCUGUUGCAUGGCCAUUCUCAUAGGACUUCUGUUGAUCCUUCUGAUCUUCGCUUUUGUGGUCACGCGCGCUGAUGGUGGCUAUGAUGUGCCUGGUAGGGGUUAUAGAGAGUACAGGCUUCAAGGAUUCUCUUCUUGGUUGAGGGAUCAUAUUGUUAAUUCCAAGAACUGGAACAAGAUUAGGCCUUGUCUUGCUGGGACUGAUGUUUGUUCUAAGUUGACUCAAACUUAUAUCACUGCUGACCAAUUCUUCAUGGCUCACAUCUCUCCCCUCCAGUCAGGAUGUUGUAAACCUCCAACAGUUUGUGGCUACAAUUAUGUGAACCCUACACUGUGGUUAAACCCAUCGAACCCAACAGCAGACCCAGACUGCUACUUGUGGAACAAUGACCAGAACCAACUAUGCUACAAUUGCAACGCUUGCAGAGCUGGUUUGUUGGGGAACCUAAGGAGAGAAUGGAGGAAAGCCAAUAUAAUCCUCAUUGUAGCAGUGGUUGUGCUCAUCUGGGUCUAUCUCAUUGCCUGCAGUGCUUUCAAAAAUGCCCAAACUGAAGACCUCUUCAGCCGAUACAAACAGGGUUGGGUUUGA